GCCUCGGUCUACCGCCUGGCAGCAUAUAAAAACGUCUCUUCAUCGUGUUCGCUCGAUUCUUGACAACCUCAUUCAGAAAAUGCAGGCCAUUUCUCGCCCCCUCACUCGUUCAGCUCCUCUGAGUCUGCGUCGCGCCGCAGCUCUGUCUACGUGGUCCGCUGUUCCAGCAGGUCCCCCGGAUCCUAUUCUCGGUGUGACUGAGGCCUUCAAGGCCGACAAGGACUCCCGCAAAAUCAAUCUCGGCGUCGGUGCCUACCGCGAUGAGAAUGGCAAACCCUAUGUCCUCAACUCUGUGAAGAAGGCCGAGCAGAUCAUCGAGUCCGGUCAGCCGGACAAGGAAUACCUCCCCAUUACUGGUCUUGCGGAGUUCACCAAAGCAGCCGUUAAGCUGGCCUACGGUGGGGACAGUGCUCCUCUGGCAGGCAACUCUGUUGCUGUCACGCAAGCUAUCUCUGGUACGGGUGCACUCCGCAUUGGUGGCGCGUUCCUUGGCCGCUUUUAUCCCCACGCAAAGACUAUCUAUAUCCCUUCCCCGUCAUGGGGCAACCACACUCCCAUAUUCCGCGACUCUGGUCUCGAGGUCAAGCAGUAUCGCUAUUUCGAUAAGAAGACGGUCGGCCUCGACCUCGCUGGUCUAAAGGAGGACCUGAAAAAUAUGCCCGAGAAGUCUAUCGUCCUUUUCCACGCUUGCGCACACAACCCGACCGGCAUUGACCCCACCCCCGAGCAGUGGAAGGAAAUCUCCGAAGUUGUCAAAGAGAAGCAGCUUUUCCCCUUCUUUGACAUGGCCUACCAAGGCUUCUCUUCUGGCGACUUCAGCCGUGAUGCCUUCGCUGUCCGGCACUUCGUGGCUCAGGGUCACCAAGUCGUCGUUUCUCAGUCUUUCGCGAAGAACAUGGGUCUUUACGGCGAGCGUGUCGGUGCCUUUUCCAUUGUUGCCGCCGAUCCCGAAGAGAAGGCUCGCGUCGAGUCUCAACUGAAGAUCAUCGUCCGUCCUAUGUACUCCAACCCGCCUCUCCACGGCGCUCGCAUCGCGGCCACCAUCCUGAACAACCAGAAGCUCUACCAGGAGUGGGAGGGUGAAGUCAAGCACAUGGCGAACCGCAUUAUUAGCAUGCGCGAUCGUCUCUACAACAAUCUUGUUGCGCUUGGCACUCCCAGCGAAUGGGGUCACAUCAAGAGCCAAAUCGGCAUGUUCAGCUACACUGGUCUGAGCCAACCUCAAACCAAAGCUCUGGCUGAGAAGGCGCAUAUUUACUUGACUGCUGACGGCCGCAUCUCCAUGGCUGGUCUCAACGGACAUAACAUCGACUACUUCUCGGAGUGCGUUAGCAAGGUCGUCAAGGGCACACUCUAGACUAUCUCGGACUCUAAGGGUUUCUGGGGCUUAGAUGUACUAGAUGGGCUUAGAGUCACGGUCGACAACUCCUGCGAUCUUCAGUCAUAGACAGCGGUCACGAUAUUCAGCCGUGCAGUUUCUAUUGUUCUUGCAAAUAUUGCGAUCGUUUGAUCACGACGACUAUCCUUGCCUUGCCAUCGCGCUUAUCGAAGGCGCCUCAGAAAGGAAACUGACAUACUUUGAAGGCACGCUAAUCGAAGCCAUCCGCCGAGGGACUCGACGAUGCUGACGUUGUGUCUUUUCCUUGGACCACCACCAUGUCGUUUGCGAGUUCGCCCCUGCGCUGGCGACGCCCCGGACGCAAGUCGUCUACGCCGUUCUUCCCUGGUGCUUGGCCGGACGGCUCGAGCCAAGAUAUGACACUCAUGCAAGAGCCGUCUACCCACUUUAAUCGCAGAACCCCGAACCAAGAUCGUCUUGAAGAGCAAACACUCUCAAAUCUUGACUACGUUGCGGAUUUUCACCGCCGUAUCUCCGAAUCUUUGAACUCACGCCCGUCCAUCUCGCAGCCGACACUAGUGACGCCUAGCAUGUCG